CCCACGGACUGCGCCGGCUGCCGGCUGUUUAUCUGCAGCGAGAUCGGCGCCUGGGGUUCGGACGAGGGCGGGGCCGGCGCGGGACUCGGGGCCCCAAGAAGGAAGGAGCAGGAGGGGCUACGGCCCAGAACGCCUGGGUCCUUACCAGGUCCCCAGCCAUGCCUCCCCCGCGGGGUGACGUGACCGCCUUAUUCCUGGGUCCUCCACGUUCGGGAAAAUCGGAACUCAUCGCCGCGCUCCGGGAGGCUCCCGAGGCCUGGCAUGAGGAGACCCGCGUCCCUGCCCUUUACCCUGCGGGCCCCGGGCUCUUCCUGGGCGAGCUGAGCUGCCCGCCUGCAGCGCCCGAACCCUGGGCAGCUGAAGCUGACGUGCUAGUGCUGGUCUGGGGGCCCCGGGGCGGGAACGGAGCCGAGGAAGGGGAUGAUGAGUCUCUGCCCGAGGGGCUGGGGGCGGCUGGGCGGGCGGCCCUGGCCCGUGGGGCCCCCCUGUUAGCUGUAUGGAGCCGUGGUCCCAGGAACGGGAACGCCGCGACCCGGGAGGAGCCUGAAGACCUGGAGCAGGAGAGAAAGAAGGCGGCAGCCCAACUGGCCGCUGCCGGGCUGGGGGCGGCGCCCCUUUACAUACUCAGCCGACCUGGGCCCCAGGGAGCUGACCUGGCUAGGCUGCGGGAGGCGCUCCAUGACCGGGGGGCGGCCCUGGAGGGGCUGCUACCUCCCGCCCAGGAAGGCUUCGAAGUGGUGGGGGGCGCCGAGCUGGACGCCGUGCGCGAGGCUUUCGAGGCGGGCGGCCUGGAGGCUGCCAUGACCUGGCUGCGCUCGGGCCUGGAGCGCCUGGGCAGCGCGCGGGUGGACUUGGCCGUGGCCGGGCCCGAGGCCCCCUCCGUCAUUGGAUCCCUUCUGGGCCAGGACCCUGAGCCCGCUCCCUCAACCCCGGGGCCGGCCCCCUACCCCGCCCCGGAGCGGCCCAACGUGGUGCUCUGGGCGCUGCCCCCCGACUCCGCAGCGGACUCCGAGCCUCGCGCUCACUACGACGCCCUGGUGCUGGGGUUGUCAGGGCCCCCGACGGCGGCCGACGUGGCCCUCGGGAGGGCGCUGGUGGGCAGCAGCAUCCCACUCUUCUUCGUGCGGACGGACGGAGGCGGUGAUGAACCCGAGCCCGAGCCCAAAGAGGGGUCCGGAGCAGCCUGGGUUGGGGAGGACGAGGGCUGGGAGGUGUUGGGCGCUGAGGAAGCCCGGGAGCCGCCUCCCCUGCCUGCGGCCUUCCCCCUGCGCCCCGAGGGUUUGGCGGGCCUGGAGGCCGCGCUGCGGCGGGCACUGGCCCCGGCGCAGGGGGCGGCUCUACUGCUGGCGCUGCCCCCCGCGUCCCCACAGGCCGCGCGGGCCAAGGCCGAUGCUCUGCGGGCAGGCGCGUGGCGUGCGGCGCUGCUGGCCAGCGUGGCCGCCGCUGCCUCCCCGGCCCCUGGCCUGGGCCAUGCGUGCGACGUGGCGCUGCUGCGGGGCCAGCUGGCGGGCUACCGGCGUGCGCUGGGGCUGGAGGCCGCCGCCGUGGCGCGACGCGAGCGCGCGCUUGGGCUGGAGGCCGGCACGCUGGCGGGCCGCGAGCGCUCGAGGCUGGCGCGGGAUGGCGCUGCCCGCGGGGAGGUGGAAGCGCGCCUGCGGGCCUGGGCAGGGGAGGGCACCGCGGGCGGCGCCGCCCUGGGCGCGCUCUCCUUC